AUGGGCGAGGUAUUAACAAACAAUCUUCCUCGGUUGCUCGUUGUCUGCCAUGGUCUAUCAGGACAUUUGAUUCCGCUGGUUCGCAUAACGGAUGGCCUGGUCAAAAGGGGCUGGCAAGUGUCGUUUCUUGGACCUAGCUCACAUCGCAGGCGCAUCGAGGAGACGGGCGCCGACUUCAUGCCCCUUACUGGUCUGGCAGACCUGGACGACAAGGCAUAUUAUGAGAACCAUCCAAUACCAGGUUAUCAUGCGCUGCACUGGGUAGAGCGUGGCAAGAUCGACCUUCGCUUACAAUGUCUAGAACCGUUGGUGGAGCAAUGGGAGAACCUCAAAUCCGCCCUCGUCAGCCUGAACAAACGCAGCCCACAAGGGCAAGUCAUCAUCAUUGCCGAAGCCUUUUUUCUCGGCGUCAUGCCCCUCAAGUAUGGCGCUACUCUGCCACCCGGUAUCAACAUUCCGCGAUCAAUCUGCGUAUCAAUAACAGUCCCGGCCAUACAAAGUGUCGAUCUUCCACCGUUUGUUCAUCCUCUGCCAUUUGACCAAACGGAAGCAGGUCGAGAGAGGAACCGAAGAAUAUGGGAAAGACGAGCAAAGAGUACCAAACCACUCACGGAUCUGCUAGACCAGAAAUUGCUCGAAGCUGGCACAACGCGAACAGUGGGUAAGCCUUUACUCGCCGGCGACAACUAUACAUGCCACGAGGUCAUACUUCAAUGCGGUGUGCCUGGCUUCGAGUAUGCUCGAUGUGACUGGCCACCGAGAUUCAAGUUUGUAGGUCUCGUGCAGGGCGCAAGCGAUGAAGCUGUCAAACCAGAUCCUCCUUUCCCAUGGUGGAAUGAACUGAAGCACAAUUCAUCCUUGGACCGCAGAGACCCUCGGAGGAAGUAUGUAGUACUCGUGGCCCAGGGCACCGUGGAAGUCAAUCCCAGGCAGCUCAUCAUACCAACCAUCCAAGCUUUCGCAGAUAGGAAUGAUAUCCUCGUGGUGGCCGUCUUGGGCUGGAAGGAUGCGAAGCUGUCUGACUUUGUCGAGGUCCCAGGAAAUGCCCGAAUCGCAGAUUAUCUCUCAUACGACGCAGCUCUGGAGCACGCCAAUGUUUGGGUACACAACGCAGGUUUCGGGGCCGUAAAUCAUGGCAUUGCUCACGGAGUCCCAAUGGUCGUGGCAGGAGAGGGAAUGGAUAAGACGGAGAACGCGAGGAGAGUCACUUGGUCAGGAAUCGGGGUGGAUCUAGGUACUGCCGAACCAUCCACAGAACAGGUCCGACAAGGGAUUGAGACUGUUCUUCAAGGGGAAGCAUUUUCACGACGGGUUCAACUACUACAGCAGCAGAGCAGGAGCCUCGACUGCAUCUCCUUGGUCCACGAUGAGCUUAUAAAGCUUGUGGGGUAG